AUUAAUGUCGCUUUCUUUCGUGCGUGCCGGUGGCGGUCUGUCGUCAUUGUCAUAGGAGUUGAGUUGAUCACUACAGUGGUGGUGUACUAGUGCAUCUCUACAAUUUCUAUCUGUUUUUUAUGAAAACAGGUGGGCCACCAAUGCCAAUGCGUGCUUAAGCAGCAACGUCGGUCUCCUGUGCGCCAUCGGUGGGAGUAGAUGCGACAUCGGUCGGCCCAUCCCCAUGCUCGCCGUACUUCACGCCAGCACGCGCCGGCAGAAGCUUUUGUUGUUUUACCUGGUUGCGAUGUUAGCGUUUGGGUUCGUGACGCUGUCGACGGGCCACUUGCCCCGGUGGGCGCAGACGGUGGCGGAGGGAUUUCAGGAGCUGUCGGUCGGGGUGCUUCUCGUCGCUCUACAACUGACUUACAUCUGCGCCGUGAGUCUGGGACUACCCAACGUCAUUUUGAACACCGGGACCGCGAUGCUGCUCGCGCGCGAACGCCAAACGGGGCUGAGUUUCGGGGCGGCCUUCCUACUCGCCUGCGUGGUCGCGGCCAUUGGCCUGGUGGUGGGCGGGUUGCUGGCCUACCAGCUUGCGCGGACGGUCUUCCGCGAUUACGCACUGAAGAUCGCCGAAUCUUCGUGUGAGGAAGAGGAAAACAAGCUUGAUGCUUGUUAUUUGCCAAGCGGUGAGUUGCCCCUGGCGCACGAGGGCACGACGAGCACAAGGAACGCUGGCUCCAGAGAUGAUGAGAGGACCACGACCCCGCCAUCCCCUGCUUCGCUCGGGGGCACUCCUACAACUUCUCGCACGAAGAGGAAAGGCUUUUACUUCAAGGCGCUGCAGCGCGGCCUGCAAGACAACGGAAUCUUUCUCACCGCCCUCAUGCGGACGUCGCUGCCGCACCUGAUGAUAAAUUACGGGCUCGCGAUGGUGCACAUGGAGCCGGCCCCCGCAGCUGCCGACGAGGAACAUCGAGCGGAUAAGCAGGGAGAAGAGCCCCGUCGCCAAGUAGAACCCGAUUCCGGAGGACCGAGUAGAGAAAGUACGUUGCCGCCCGCGAGACGCCUUCCGUCCGGUUUCCCGCUGCGCAGCCUAUCGUCUGGUGCAAAAUUGAUGAAUGGCCAUGCAGCGUGGUGUUGUGAGUAGUGCAGCAGCGUGGUGUUGUGAGUAUUAAUUAGCUUCCAGACGAAAAAGUCCAGGGUUGACCACGUCGCUCGGCACAGCGCUCAAAGCGUGCAUGGCCAGCUGCCUUGGUAGGAACAAGGUUGGCCAUGCACUGCAUAGGUCGCUACUCUCCUGGGCGAAAAUUGCCAUGCAGGUUUGGGUCUGGUCUUUGACAAUUUUGCCUAUGAUGCGGCUUUGUUCUGGGGUACGUGGGUCACGUCCCCUGGAUUGUGGUGUACUCCUGGCUCGGAUGCAGUUUGGACUCUCUCUAUCCCUGCGGAAUGAUUUACCUUGUGGCAAUUGUGCGUGUAUUUUCCCCGCUUCACAGCUGCGGCGACCUGCAAAAUGAAUGCUCAUGCAUGCAGAGCCGGCGUGUCUUUUUUCGCGUCCUCGACCUUGACGCAACGGCGGCCUCAAGCAGAUUAUUCCACUGCAUACGCUCGCGGACUUAAUCUCCGGCACCUCGGAGGAUGACUCGGACACGUGGCGAACCUGGGGCGGCCUCAUCGCACUGGCUGUCACGAGUAUUGUUCUCACACUGGUCAUGUGCAUUGCAAAUAUGUCUGGGUCCUCUGGAAGGAUGCAGACUGUUCUUAUGCGAAGUCUCGACCACAAAAAAAUCUGUGUUGCAUGAACCCCAAAAGCUGGCGUCCACUUCUUGUUAGGCAACAGCCGGAGUUCUCGCGCGGGAAGGGCAUCAAGAAGGUCUCGCAAAAUCUGUGAUGCUCUUGUGUGCAUUCCAGACCAUGGGUGUGGUCCACGGCGAGAUGCAGGACAAAUACUUGCAUUCUUGCAGUCCCAGACAGAUUUGCACUCGAUAGGCCACCCGCCGGGAGUUGCGGAAGCUCGUUGACGCAGAGGAAAAGCGCGCAGGCAAGUAAAGCUGCAUGAUAUUUUCAUGGCAAAAAUCCCGAACGCGGGAUGGCAUUCGUUUUCGUAUUACAAUGUAAGGGUCAAACUCAAACAUAACCCAAACACUUCAUAGAAAAAGAGGAAAUCAAUGCUGCAAUUAUGGCUCGUGCGUGCCUACUAGAGUUGCU